AUUAAAAUAGAAAGUAUUCAAGAGCAAUCAACCCCACCAUCUCCUCUCAUCAAUGCAGCAGCCUCAUUUGCACAUCCUUACAAGAAAAAAAUCCCAUCACAGUAAGCAUCUUGGUGUCUUCAACAUAGAAAAUGGGGAAGAGUUGGCUCCUGGCUUUUAUCCUUUGGCAGAUAAUUCCAACAGAAGCGGCCAUCACUGUUGGUGGUGGUGUUGGCAUUAAUAUCGGCAAUGCUGGUGGCGGUGGUGGUGGAGGUGUUUGGAUUGGUGGAGGAAUCAACAAUAGCCCUGCUCCUUCUGGCCCUUCAGUGUCAAAGCUCGGCGGUGCUUACACUGCUCUCCAAGCAUGGAAAUCUGCAAUCACAGAUGACCCAUUGGGGAUUUUGAAGACUUGGGUUGGCUCUGAUGUGUGUUCUUAUAAAGGGAUCUUUUGUGCAGAUCCUCAAGGUGCAGUGGAUUCAACUUCUGGGCCAUUUGUUGCGGGCAUAGAUCUCAAUCAUGCAAAUCUUCAAGGCACUCUAGUCAGGGAACUCUCUGUCCUUGCAGAUAUCUCAAUCCUCCACCUUAACAGCAACAGGUUCUCAGGCACUGUUCCUGACACUUUCAAAGACCUUUUAUCACUUCAAGAGUUAGACCUCAGACCCGUCCCUGAAGAUCUAUUCAACAAGAGACUUGAUGCAAUCUUCCUCAACAACAAUCAGUUUGAGGGUGAACUUCCGCAAAAUCUGGGUAAUUCUCCAGCUUCUGUGAUAAACUUGGCUAAUAACAAAUUCAGUGGAAACAUCCCAGCUAGUUUUGGCUUCAUGAGUUCUAAAUUGAAAGAGAUUUUGCUUCUUAAUAACCAGUUAACAGGUUGCAUUCCAGAAGGAGUUGGGCUCUUCUCAGAGAUGCAAGUUUUUGAUGUGAGCCACAACUCACUCAUGGGUCAUUUGCCGGACACAAUAUCUUGUCUGAGUGACAUUGAGGUUCUCAAUUUGGCUCACAACAAGCUAUCUGGGGUUCUACCUGACUUGGUUUGUUCUCUGAAGAGCCUUAUGAAUUUGACUGUUGCCUACAAUUUCUUCUCUGGGUUUAGCCAGGAAUGUUCCAAGUUGUUCUUCAGGAAUGCUGGUUUUGACUUCUCGCUUAAUUGCAUUCCUGGGAGAGACAUGCAGAGACCACAACCAGAGUGCUCUGUGAUCCCUCGAGGUGGGUUGAAUUGUCUGAGAAUUCCUUCUGCAGAACCUUUAGUUUGUGGGGCAUUGCUUGGGAACUUGGAGGUUAAUCUAACCUCACCGUCUCCAUGAUCUCAUUACAGAGGAAGUCACUUGUAUAACAGGUUGGUGAUGGUUGUCAAUUCUCCAAUUCAUUAAUAGCAAUUUACGAUUUAGAUUUUCCAAAUUCAUUUGUUCAUGGAUUCAGUUGCAUCUUUUUAUAAUCAGUCUUUGAAUGGUAAAGACAUGCCCAGCCCAGGUAGCCGAGAAAAGGAUUUAUGAAGAGUAUAAUUAAAUAUUCAGGUAGAAAAUGCUACUAUAAUCGGAUCUUGACUACCCAUAAGAAAAUCCGAUUAAAAAGACAAUAUUUUAUUUGUCCUGUCUGACUCAUUUAGCGCCACAUUGUGAUUUUCUGUGCAAUUAGCUCGCUUGUCCAAACUCCUUGGUCUAAAUGGUCUUGCCAAGACAUUUUAGAAUGCUAAAAUCCAUGGCCUGAUUUACAACAGCAACUUUUUUUUUUUGUCAUUCUAACACUAUUCUACGUCGCCGGUACCACAUUUAUUCUGAUUAAUAUUUUCUGAUGACAUUGCUGGCGGCAUCAAGCUACCAAUUUUCCUUCUUAAUUUAUUGAUAAUAAAGCAAAUGUGGCUUGAAAGGAACUCUUUUAAGAAACAAUACCAGCAGCUAG